AUGGACAUGGAAAUCUGCCAGAGCUGUGAUAGAGAUUGGGAUGCCCACAAGAAUAAGAUUAUUAUUGCUGGUGACCCCACAUUCAGCAGUUGCCCGAAUGCGAUGGACCACGUGAAGUUGCAGCAGUACCCCUGUCCGGAGGCAGUGCUCGAACUGGGCCCCAUUUGCCCAGUCACCUGCGAUCUCCUCACGACCUGCAUGGCUCACCCCGAACAGGUAUCGGCCGAGGGCCGCCGCUUCGCCGCUAAGUUCGUCUUCCAAAGAGCCAUGGAGACUGUUCUCAACGUUGAUGCGGCAGUCGAGGUGGCCACCACAGUCAUGGCAAAAGAGGAGAACGAACCAGUCUUCACAACGAGACUGACCAGUUGCUUGGAUCUUACCUACAUCGAACGCGAGAACCUCAUACCUAUGAACACAUCAACGUCACUCAUUUCAUCAAGCGACUCUACACUGUUCUCAAAAAUCGAAAAGUAUCCGUCAGAAUCUUCAACACCGAACUACCAACCUAUUUUCUGA